UGAAGUAACGUAGUGAUAGCACAAUUGUUGAUCAGUAAACAGACGGUCUUAAAUAUAGCGUGAAUUUGGCCUUCAGUUGCAGGGGUGUAAUUUAAGGAAUAUAGAUUUCCACUGAAUAUUUAAAUUAUGGCUAUGUUUUUUGAGUCAACUGAGGGAAAAGGCUCAAUGUCAGUUCUAGACUUUUGUUGUUCGCAAUGUUUUGAGCAGAAAUUUUACCAGGAGGCCGAUUUUUACUGUGAUAACUGUCUAAAAUUGUUUUGUGCAAAAUGUAUAAACCUGCAUGUCCAGUUGUUUAGGGAACAUGUGACCUUCGGAAGGAGAGACAUACGUAAGUGGCCAGUGGCAAAGGAAGUGGAGGAGUUCCUUCAGCAAUGUGACCUGCAUGAAGGCAAACGUCUAAAACACUUUUGCAAUGACCACAGCAAGCUGUGCUGCAGUAAUUGUGAAUUGUGUUAUCACAGACAAUGUGCUAAGGUAACACUGAUAUCGAAGGCAGUCAAGGAACAUCAGCCAGACUUAAAGCUACUAUCAAAAGAAAUCCAAAGCAUUUUGGAAACACUAAACAUACUUGAGAACAAUUGGAACACCAACAUGCUUACUUUGCAGGCUUCUUACGACAAACAAUUACAUGAAAUACAUGUCACACGCCAGAAAAUAAAUACAAUUCUAGACAAGAUUGAAAUAAGCACUAUGCAAGAGCUAGAGGAUAAGUUUACCAGUCUGAAAGCUUCUGUGCAGACUGAUGCAGACAAUUGCAGCAAGCUUAAAAAUGAACUAAAACGACUGAGUGGCGCAAUAGAUGGCAUUGUUGAUAAGGAAAAAGAAGAACUUGCAUUUAUUGCAAGUACGAAAUGUCUGGAAAAAGUUAAGCAGUUUGAAACUUAUCUGAAGGAAAACUUUAUUCAGGUAGAAAGAUCACUGACAUUCCAGGCGGAAAAUGAUAUUCAAACGGUCUUGUCUAAUUUGUCAGGUCUUGGAAAGAUUGUGCUCAACACCCAGGCGUUAACGGUGCUAAGUGAUAAGGUAUUCACUGUUCAAGGAAGGUCAGAGUAUGGUGUGAGAAUACCAAGUGAUGAUCAACGGAGGAGGUCCUUUAUCAGUGCCAUCUGUGUUCUCUCUAAUGAUCAGAUUCUUGUUGCAGAUUUUAAUAAUAAACGAGUGAAGUUGCUCAAUCAUCACUACCAAGUUGUCGGACAUUGUGAUUUAACUGCUUCUCCGGAAGACAUGUGUCAAAUCACAUCAAGUGAAGUAGCUAUUGCUGUGGAUAUGAAGAAAACACACGAGGUCCUGUUCGUCUCGGUGAAUGGUGUGCGGCUGGUUAAAGACAGGAAGCUGACGUUUCAGCAUAGAUGUUAUGGUAUUGCUUUUAAUCAGAAAUAUAACCAACUGUAUCUUACGACUGGCACUGCACUUUACAACUAUUCAAUCAGUGGAGUCCUGUUGAAGAAGCUGUAUGAGGAUAUAGCAGGCGAUUACACAGUAAGUAGAUGUGCGGUAAGUCCUCUUGGUGACAAGAUAUUUGUCCUUAAUAUACGCCAAGGCCAGGUUCUCACCCUUGCUAAAGAUGGCACACCUCUCUACACCUUCACAGACACAGACCUACACAAUACACGUGGUAUCCAUGUGACACCUCAGGGCCAAGUGCUUGUCUGUGGAGGUGUGUCCAAAACUAUGCUACAACUGGACGGCGGAUGUACGAAGAAGCUGGCAACUCUUGCUACAAAAGAUGACCUUAAUUUCCCAGUGUCAGUCUUCUACAAUAGGAGCACAACCUCCAUCAUUGUGGGACAGUUGGAUAGCAACACAUUGAGCACCAAAAUCCUUGUUUUCAAAGUAACAUAGUUUUGUUCACAAAUGUAAGAAUAAUUUGACAAAUGUAUUUUAAACGUGAACUCUUUUCCAUACCGACUCAGCAUAUAGUUUUGAAUUUCAUUACAUAAUUCACCUGUAUGAUUUGUAUGUAAGAAAAAUAUGUCAGAAAACGUACUUUCAUAAUAAAAUUCUUCGCAGCAUGUCUUUCUCACUUAAUGUUAUGUUUUAUUCCAUAAAUCUCGGCUAAUGAUUGUGUGUGUUGCCAUACAAACAAAAAACCUGCCAUCAUCUGUUGCAAGUAAUCAACUGUAAUUCUGCUAUGAUAAUAGCUUAUUUGAUUUGUAUAUGAUCAGUGUAUUGUAUAUAUAUAUUUUGAAAGUGAUUAACAUGUACGGACAUGAUUUACUUGUGUAAAUUUUUGAUGAUCUACAAUAUUUUUGUGUAAUUGGUAUUCAAAGUAAAAAGUACUGCAUUUUAGGGCAGGUUUUACAUGUUCAUCGAGUGUUCUGUUUAGAACAAUAUUUACUUUCAUAGAGUAUUACAUGUAUAUUGUACUGAUUUUGUUUCCAUCGUUGUCGUCUGCUUUUAUUUGUGUUGAUGACAAUUAUGCGUGUUUUUACUUGUGUCAUAUGCAGUAUUAGCCUUGACAUGUAAUUAUGUUUGCUGAAUAAAUAAUCGUCCAUAAGUUUAA